CCUUACCCCUACCUCGACUAUUUCUGUUAUUAUACUAACAAAAAAUACACACAAAAGCUGCACCAUAAGACUUAUGGCUGAAUCGAUAAUCUCUGUUCUUCCUCAUGAAAUCAUCAUAGAGAUCCUCUUAAAGGAGACAGUUCUAUGGAACCCCGCUGUAAAGAAGUCUAAGAAAUUGCCUACACUUGGAGCUAAAUUGAGGAACGGUUGCUCUUACUAUCUCAAAUAUGGUUUUGGAUAUGACGAAACACGUGAUGAUUACAAAGUGGUAGUUAUUCAAUGUAUUUAUGAGGAUAGUGGUUCGUGUGAUACUGUAGUCAACAUAUACAGUUUGAAGUCUGAUUCUUGGAGAACAAUUAAUAAGUUUCUAGGCAAUUUUCUAGUAAAUUCUCCGGGUAAAUUUGUCGAUGGUAAGCUUUAUUGGGCUUUAUCAGCUGAUGUUGAUACGUUCAAUAUGUGCAACAUCAUUUCUCUUGAUUUAGCAGACGAGACGUGGAGAAGGUUGGAGCUUCUGGAUAGUUAUGGAAAAGGUUGUUAUCCAUUGGCAUUGGGAGUGGUGGGAAGUCAUCUUUCUGUGCUUUGUCUUAAUUGUAUUGGAGGAAAUAAUUCCGAUGUGUGGAUUAUGAAAGAUUGUGGAGUUGAAGUAUCAUGGACAAAGAUUUUUACUGUCGAUCAUCCUAAAGACCUUGGGGAGUUUGUAUUCUUUACAUCCAUUUUCUCCGUACCUUGUUACAAGUCGAAUAAGGAUGAAAUUUUACUUUUACUUCCCCCCAUUAUCAUGACAUAUAACGGUUCAACCAGACAAGUAGAGGUUAUUGCUGAUCAAUUUGAGGAAUGUGCUGCCUUUCGGGAUUGGAUUUAUCAGGUGUCCAACAUGAGGAUUGUCGUCAAUAUUUACAGCUUGAGGACUGAUUCUUGGACAACACUUCAUGACCAGCUUCAUGGCAUCUUUAUAAUAAAUCAUUCGGCAGACGAGACAUGGGGAUGCUUGGAGCUUUCCGUUAGUGGAGAAGAUAAUUCUAAUAUCAAACUGGGAGUAGUAGGAAGUGCUUUCUGUGCUCUAUUCUUGCCAUCUAGGUACUACUACUUCUGA